GACACACAGAAUUCCAGGCAAGCAGACGCUCCAAUUAGUACUCAUCAGGCUUUCUUGCAUCGACUCAGAGUGAUUCUGGGCCAGGAACGGUCCCUCGGAGAGCCAUCUAGCCGAGAGAGGAGGAGGAGGAAAAAGACACAUUGGUGUAUUUAUAGAAAAAUGAGGCCUCACAAUACCCUUUUUGGAGAGAGAAUUAUUAAGGAACCGAGGUGCACGGUGCACGCGUCCCAGUUUUCUGAUUAACACUGUGCAAGCAGGCUGGCCCUAGGAUGAAUCAGGGAUGAGACGCAGGACUAACUCCUUGACACACAGAGAGACUGCACUCGCUUCUCAUGCACACUCACCCUUUGCUCAUGAGGACACUGCUGUGGUUUCAAGGUGGAAGAAUGGGGCAAUGUUUUGAGUUUGUCACCCUUUCUGUUUGACUUUGGGUUGCAGGGUGAUCAGGGGGGGAGUUUUUUGUAAUUGAAAAAAAAAACAUAUUUGAGAAGACAGAUUGGAUAUCAGGCUGCUAGCAGGCCACCUGCUAUUUGACAUUCAAGAUGAAGAAAUUUUUGCAAAACAAAAAAGGCAGAUACUCUUUUCGGCAGAGCAAACGGGGCCCUCGGUAUCCAUCUAAAGAUUUCUUCCUCAGCAUGCCGUCGUCCAACCAGGGCUGGCCUGAGGAGUUCGGCUUCCAGCUGGGUGGGAAUGGACCCAGCUACAUCCUGUCUGUGGAGGAAGGCAGCAGCGCCCACCUGGCGGGGUUGCAGGCUGGGGACCAGGUCCUGGAGAUCGAGGGCCACAAUGUGUCAACGCUGGGUCCACAAGCUGUCAUCGCCAUCGCCCAGACUCAGAAGAACAUCCCUCCCAGUAUCGGAGUGGUGUCCCGCAUACAGCAGAUGGACAUUAUACCAGGUCCGGACGGUCGUUUCGGGUUCACCAUCGUGGGAGACUGCCCCCUUCUGGUGGAGGACUGCUCGCCUUGCUCUCCAGCCGGCCGCGCAGGUCUGAGGGCCGGGGAUUAUGUCAUGGAGGUCAACGGCAUUCCCGUCAGGCAGCACGAGACAGCCGCGGCGCUGAUCAAGGCCUCCCAGGGGAGGACGCUCCGUCUGGGGGUGCUGUGCCUCGGCCCGAGGCAGAAACACAGCAUCAGCAUAGAGGACAGUCAGAUGGGAGUAGAGGGGGCGAGACUGGACCGUAAACAUAAAGCUCUGGAGUUCAACAGGAAGGUUGACCAGAUUUUAGGUGAUGAACCUGAAGUGAAAGAGAAACUCUUCACUGUGCUGAAGCAGUACGCAGCCGAGAAGAGAGUUGAGUGGUUGGCCUCGGCCCUGCCCGACAUACUCACCACUGAUGAGCAUCGACAGCUCAUCUCCAGCAUCAGAAUCUUCAUUCCCAAGAAGCACCGGCAGCGCUUCGACGAGGCCGUCUCCCAGAACGUGAUCAACCGACUCUGCCGCAGCAAGAGCAUCAGCGAGCCGCAGGGCAGACUCCGGCGCAGUCGGAGCGAGGAUCACUCCGAGCGCCACCACGGGUCCAAAAGGGCCAGCUCAGUGCCAAGAGAUGGAGAACCCGGAGGAAGGGGUGAGGCAGAGAGAGACAGGGGCUUAAGGAAGUCUGUCUCUGGGAUACCUGCGCAUCCCCCCAUCGGACCCAAUCAGAGGAUCAUUCGCGUCUACAGGGGGAAGAAGAGCUUCGGCUUCACGCUGCGAGGUCACGCGCCCGUCUGCAUCGACUCUGUUAUCCCAGAUAGUCCUGCUGAGGAAUGUGGACUGAAACCUGGUGACCGUAUCCUCUUCCUCAAUGGACUGGACAUGAGGAACUGUUCUCAUGAGAAGGUGGUGUCCAUGCUGCAGGGCAGUGGGGCGAUGCCCACUCUGGUGGUGGAGGAGGGCCCGUCUGACUACUCCUCAGACCAAACUGACCCAGAAGAAUCUCUAAGUCUGGCCCCCACCACGUUACCACGCUCCAGGUCUCCGGCCCUCAGUUCUCUGCAGUGGGUGGCAGAGAUUCUUCCGCCGAGCAUCAAAGUCCACGGGCGGACCUUCAGCCAGCAGCUGGAGCACCUGCUGACCAUCCAGGAGAGGUACACAGUCUGCAAGUCCCUGGAGACCUUCUUCCAGCACAGAAAUGUGGACACUCUGAUAGUAGACGUGUUUCCGGUGUUGGACACUCCAGCCAAACAGCUGAUCUGGCAGUUCAUCUACCAGCUACUGACCUACGAUGAACAGGAGCGCUGCCAGGGCAAGCUGUCACGCUUCCUGGGUUUCAAGAGCAGUGCAGUGUUGGAGCCUGACGCAGGUCCGGAGCACCACCGGCGGAGCAGCUCUAUGCGCGUGACAGGGACAUCCUACCGUGGCAACGUCCGAGAGAGGAGCUCUGACGACUGCAUCAUCGGGACUCACCUGGGAAUGGGAAUUCAUGUGGAUGAAUCUGGGAGCCCGGAGGAGAGGCAGUCAGGAGAUGGAACCUCCUUCCCCGAGUCCCCUGACCUCAAUCAUAUGACAGGUGUGUACACAGAACUGGAGAACGUGUACGCAGGGAAGAGUGUGUCGCCACUGCAGGGUGGCUCCUCAGCAGAGCCCGAGGGGCCGGGACAGACUGAGGCCUACAGGCGCUCUCUCUCCCCCCUCACACUCCCCCCUCUCACAGGUAGCCAUAAAUGCGGCCUGUCCCUGUCCUGGAAGGAGCCUCUCCCCACUCCUGUGUAUGAGAUCCACCACCAGAGCAGUGUGGACUCCAACCCUUACGUCAGCCUGGAAAGCCCUCCGGCCUCCCCUCAACACUCGGAUGGUGGUCCCAACACGCUGACCCGCCGGAAGAAGCUGUUCACCUUCUCCCGCCCACCUCGCAGCCGGGACACAGACAAGUUCCUGGACGCUCUGAGCGAGCAGCUGGGCCACCGGGUCACUCUGGUGGAUGACUUUGUACCUGGGGAGAACGACUAUGAGGAGAUAUAUCAAGGUGGUUGUCAUGGUUUCAGAAGAAGAGGGGUGCCUAUGAGUUUCCAGGAGGACCAGGACCUGGGCUUCAUGCCUCGGCAGCUCAGCUGCGGCAGCAGUGAGGAUCACAGUAGCAGCGACGAGGCCUCCUCUCCCUCCUACUCCUCAGGAUCUGAACCCAUCCCACCACCUCCCCCCCAGAGCCCCCCGCCUCCCCCGCCUUUCCAGGCUCUGAUACCGCCUCCUGUUCAGUUCACGGACCCCCUGCCGCCAGUCCGCUUCUCCCCUGAGCAUGUCCCCCGCAGCCGGAUGCCCUUCCAGCCGCACCACCCCAUCAUCCCUCCUCCCCCGCCUCCUCCGAGGACCCUCCUGUCCAGCCGUUCUCCUCUACACAAAGUGCUCCCCACCAGAGAAGAAGGAGAGAAAACUCACCAGCGCUUCCAGGCCACCACCUCCACCCGCCUCUCGCACGGCCACAUCACCCUGGGUUCCACCACCUUACGCUCCUUCCAGCCGUCCCGCCCCAGCUACCUCCCCCGACAGCUCAGCCAGCCCCAGCCUAUCCACCAGCCAUCCCCGCAGCCCUCCCCUCAGCCGCUGAGACCGAGCCAGCUCGUCCUCCAGCGGCACCACCAGCUCCACCACCAACACAGCUACCAGGGCCCUCUGCCGCCGUCCCUCCAGGAUCACAGCCCGUCCCAGUGUCAGAGCCAAGGCCCCGCAGGCUCCUCACUGCUCUCCAAGCCUCCGGCCUCUCACUCCACCCUCCCCAGUCACACUAAAACCUAUGAAGCCCCACAGCAGGAACACCAGUCUCAACAGGCACCACCGCCGCCACCUCCUCCCCUCCCCCCACCCUGUGACCCACCUCCGCUGCCCAAGCCGGGCCACCACGCCUCGGACACCAACCACAUGAGUGUGAAGAGGCUGCGCUGGGAGCAGGUGGAGAACUCAGAGGGAACCAUAUGGGGUCAGCUCGGAGAGGACUCAGACUAUGACAAGCUCACUGACAUGGUGAAGUUCUUGGACCUUGAUCUGCACUUUGGGACUCAACGCAGAUCCAAGCCAGCCUUCUUGCCAGAGAGCUUUAAAAAGAAAGACGUGGUGGAGAUUCUGUCUCAUAAGAAAGCCUACAACGCCUCCAUCCUCAUCGCCCAUCUGAAGCUCUCCACCACCGAGCUGCGUCAGGUCUUGAUGAACAUGACCACCGACAGGCUGGAGCCCGCUCACAUCAAGCAGCUGCUGCUCUACGCUCCCGACGACGACGAGGUCAAACAGUACGAGCAGUUUGAACAGGACCCAGCCAAACUGAGCGAGCCCGACCAGUUCAUUUUCCAGAUGCUGAUGGUGCCCGAGUAUAAGACCCGUCUGCGGAGCCUCCACUUCAAGACGACCCUGCAGGAGAGGACGGAGGAGAUGAAGAUUGCGUACGAUUACAUCUAUAAGGCUUCAGUGGAGCUGAGGAGCAGCAAGAAACUGGCCAAAAUCCUGGAGUUUGUACUUGCAAUGGGGAAUUACCUGAACAACGGCCAGCCCAAGAGCCACAGGACAACCAGUUUUAAGAUCAACUUCCUAACUGAGCUAAGCACGACCAAAACAGUAGACGGGAAAUCCACCUUUCUCCACAUUCUAGCCAAGUCUCUGUGCCAACACUUCCCUGAGCUGCUCAACUUUUCCAGAGACCUUACAACAGUGCCUCUGGCAGCCAAGGUCAACCAGAGAGCCAUCACAGCAGAGCUGAGUGACCUUCACUCCACCAUCCAGGACAUCAGGACGGCCUGUCUGAAGAUCCCACCCACCUCCGAGGACCACUUUACCUCCGUCAUGAGCAGCUUUUUGGAGAACAGCCACCCUGCAAUCCAGUCUCUGGAGUCCCUGCAGACCCGAGUAAUGGAGGAGUUCUCUAAGGUGGCCUCCUACUUUGGAGAGGACAGCAAAUCCACCAGAACAGAGGCUUUCUUCGGCAUCUUUGCAGAUUUCAUCUCCAAGUUUGAGAGAGCUCUCAGUGAGACCCAGACUCCAGAAAAUCCCAGAAGCCCCAGACUGUCUUCCCCUCUGGCCUGGUAGAAGCAAGAAAUGCGGGCGGAUGUCGGGCCAAACCGACAGGCUGGUCGUUACCAUUUUCACUCUGCUCUCCACAACCAAAGUGCCAAGAUCACACACAGAGACACUCUAACCAACGGGAACAGAGACCACAUCAUCUAUAGCAAACAGAAUGGAAAUACACUCUAUCUGUAGAUAAUCACAACAGUUAAUGAGUGCCCGUGUGCAGCAUCGCUGUUAUUUCAGGUGCUGGGUAGAGCAGGAACAUUCAGGUGUCCACAGGUCAACAGGAACUCACCGCACACUGACAACUCAAACCAGUUUUUACAUUAUUUACAUCUCUUUUUAAUACACAUCACACAGUAGAUAGUAAAAGAUACAUUAGAGAAACCAUCCAUGUAUGUUUGAUUGCUCCAAUGCAUCUUGAUGCUGCAUUUAAAUGAAAUGUAAGUAAUGAAAACAACCGGUCUGAAUAUUUACAGAUUACUUGCUUAAUGUUUAAUAUAUGACUAUAUAAAGUUUAUAUUUUCUAUCAGAUCAUAUUUGAAAAUUGUAAAGAUUAAGCGUAGAUGUAGACUGACGACAGUCAUCUGGAAUCAAGGUGAUUCACAAGUGUAGUUUAGUUAGUGUGUAGAGAGCCAGGCUGAACUGCUCAGCGGGAUCAGACUGUUCAUGCAGUGGUGCACUCACUGCCUCCCAUACAGCAGGAUUUGAUUUGAGAAGGAGUUUUUUCCAACAUCGUGUAUCCACAUUGCUGACUUACAGAUGUGGUCAUUCUCAUCGAACCUACUGUGAAUUUAUAGGCCAUCUAUUGGGAGUUAUAAUAAAAAAAUGAAACAUUUCCUCUCCUCAUACAGCUUAAGUCAAAGUCAUCCACACCCAGCUCUUGUUCACUUGUGUCCUUUGCAGUACAUUGCAUAUGACAUUUCUAAAUUCCUGACAAGGAUCAGUCAAUCAUUACUAUAGAAGCAAAACAAUGCCAUAAAGAUAAAAAAAAAUUUAUAUUAGAAUAAUUGCAAACCACCACUGAAUUCUUAAUAUAAAAACUGAAAUAAAAUUAUAGCACUGAAAUAUUACUAUCUGAAUUUAAAUGGUUUGAAUUCCCCUCUUUGAAAUUUUCAGUUGGUAAUUUCAAAUUGUGCAAUUUAAGAAGUUGAUUUUUUAGGGUCCAAACAUUUUGAUAGAAAAUUCAUGUGUCCAUGUUUCAAAAAACAGUUUAAGUUGCUCAUAUUCAACUGGUUAUUUUCAGAUAAAAAAAUGUAAGUCAAGUCAAAAAAUCUGGUUACUCAAAUUACACCACGGUGAAAUUUAUAUACCAAAAUUCAGAUACAAAAAUUCAAGAUAAAACAUUUUAAUUUUAACAUAAGCAAACAAGCCAUAAUGGAAUCGAUCAGACCUCUGUCCAAGUUAUAUUCUUAGUUCUUAAUUAGUCAUGCGACCCAUGAAAUAAAAGUUCAGAUAAGUAACUGGAAAUGCCGCACAACUAAAUUUUCUGUCUGAAUUUGCGAACCUUGAAAAGAAAAAGCAAAUUUUCAAAAAGAGAAAUUCAAAACAACUAAAUUAAAAUAGAUGGUAAUAUUUAAAUAAUUCAAAAUUCAGUGGUAUUUAAACAUCAACAUUAUGUAUUCAAUUUCAUAAUUAUGUAUUAGGUUGCUUACAAAAAGUGUAUUUUAUUUUUGGCCCUACUUUGCUUCCAUAAUUUUCUGCAUUUUUAGAUAACGAUGAGACAUUUACGUAGAAAAAUCACAUUAGCCACUUACUGCUAGUAAACCAGUGGGUGGUCGUGGUUAACUUUAGCUUCAGCUCCCUAUACAAGUAUGAUCAAGGAUGAAGACAUCAUUACAUUUUUGUGGCUAAGUGGCUAAGACAUGAGGUCAUCCACCUUUUUUAGAUGGAGGUUUAGACUCCAGUCAUCACAUCCCAACUGGACUCAAUCCUGAUCAUAAACAGCCACUGAAAUCUGUCCAAUCAGGCCAGUUUGCAGCACUUGAACUGGGAAGCCUCUAAACAGGUUGGAGUCCUUUGUCGUCAGCCAUUCAGCAUCAGCAUUGUGCUUCUUCUGCCUGUGAGGACUUAGUCAAACCAAAAUUUGCAAAACAUCAUCGAGAACACUUGAACAAUAUUGCACCUUUCACAGUGAGGUAACACUGAUUACAUCAGCACAUGGUCAAAUUUGGCUCAAAAAUCAUCUGUUUCAUAGAGCGUGCGGGUGGAAUAGUAAUUUUUCCCCCUAAUAAUUAGUGUCAGUACAGAAAGAUAGAAGGCAGCUUUAAUAUGAAAAGGCUGAGCUGUGUGCUUCUGGAAAAGAGGACAGCUAAUAGUUCUGCACUUUGUCGAGUAUUUCUAGUGUUAUGAACACAGCCCUGCUUAAACAAGUGGGUGGCUGCUGAAUGAAUGAACGUCAAAUGCAUGUGGAAGAAAACAUCUCACUGUAAAUGGUCAUUUCCUGCUUUUCUGGUCGUCAUGGUGAUCUCACGACUCAUCUACAGUACAGUGUACCUGUAGCUGUGUUGUAUUUAUGUUGAUGAACUAUUGUUGAGUUUUUGCUAUGCACUGCUCAUCAUUUUGUAUUGUAUGCUUGUGUGUCCUCCAAGUCCUAGUUUAUUUUGUUAUUCAAGAGUGUCAUCAGGAAAUUACCAUUUUAUUUAUUCUUUAUGCGCAGCUUUAGUCAGGCUUACGAGGUGACUGUGAUCUCGUAAAAAUGCAAUCCUAGCUGCUACUAGUGUAGUAACAGUGUUUCUUGUCCGAAUCAAUUGCAUGUUGGUGCAGUUAAUGUGUUAUGAUGUGCAGCUGGUAGCAUUUACCCUCCCUGGAUAUUUAAGUUUAAAAUAAAUACAUUUCUGUUAGUCUAGUUAGGUUUAUUUAUUGGUUGCCUACAGAUUCUCUUUUAUAACUGUUUUAUAUGUUUUCAUGAGAAGUUGCUCAUGUUUUGUGAUUGUUUGACCUUUAUGUUUUAUUCAAUGCUUUCAAAUGAAGGAUAUGUUUUUGAUCUAUAAAAAUGUCAUGCUUGAAACUUGAA